AUGGGAGGAAAGCACAGCCGAAAGAAAAGCAGUAUCAAAGACGAAUAUCUAAAAAUAAUUGAAAACAAAAAGCGAGAAUAUUAUAAAAAGAAUGAAGAAGUAAUUAACGCGUGCGAUUUCAGAGUAACUUCCAAAUAGAACUGGAAAGACUUUAUCAUCGAAGAAAUCGAGACAGCCAAGCAGAAAUUCCCAGAAGCAACUUGGCCAGCAAAGCUCCAAAAGCUCUGCAGAAAUUGAAAUACAAUUAAAGACCACAAAUGGAGGUCCAACGUCCUCUGGUACGAUUACCUUCAAACUUACAAAGUCCAAACUCCCCAAAGUCAGGCCACACCUCAAGUAACCCUAAAAAUCCCGAUGCCUUCUAACUUUGUGAAUACUUUUGAGGCCCAAAGCUUGAUUGAUUUCUUAAAAAGCCACUUUAAAUCCAAAGAAGACCAUUUUAUUGCAGCCAUGAUUUCUAAGUUCAAUAUUUAUUUCACUCAACAAUAUUUAGAUCCAAAUACCAAUUCAAGCACUGACCUAAAAUUAAACGCAGAAGUUUUAGCUGACCCCGAAAAGGUUACCAGCCAGCUUGUAGAAGAAGUCAAAGCUUUUAUUAUGGUCACUCUUCAGUCAAUGAUACAUUACUAUGGUGGAGUUGUUGCCAGAAUGAUGGAAGAAAAACCUGGAGAAAUGUAUGACUGGAUCUUAGAAGAGGUUUUUUCAGAAAAUUUGCACAGCGUGCUAAUGGCUGCUUUUAGACUUCUAAACCAGCAAGCAGAAGAAAAAUAUCGACAGCAGCUUGAAACGUUUGGAAAUUUAAGUUGUGCGGAUUUGGGUCUGGAAACACCUUUUCAGCUUGAUGUUGAAAGAGGAAAAGGGAUUGAUCAAGGAUACCAGAAAGCAAUUGAUAAAUUAAAGGAAAUAGAGCAAUGCUAUUCUCCACUGAAUAAAGUGAACGUGAUUAUUAGCACCACAAGACUGAUAUGUGAGUGCGUUGACGAUUAUUGGAGAGAUGACCCUGAUAUCAACCCGAAAGAGCUUGUUAUUGACGCUGAUCAGAUUUUAAGCAUCUUUCUUUAUAUUGUACUUAAAGCCAAAAUUUAUAACUUAAGAGGUCAUGUAAAACUGAUUUAUGAGUUUGGGAGACGAAUUGUUCAACAUGGGUCAAUGGGCUAUUAUGUCACGACGCUUGAAGCAUGUAUAGAACAAAUCGAAAGCUUGGGGCCUGAUCUUCUUGAUAAGAUCAAGGAAUACUUUUCUAGAAAUUAG